UUGGGCAGCAUGUCUUCCUGUCGGUGUCUAUGUUUGAUGUUACUUGCCAGUGUUUCCUGUGUUUCGGCCUAUCCAAAACGAUUCACCGUGGAAAUCCCAGACGAGGAGGUUUUCUGUGGUUACGAGUAUCUACAAGAACAGAAAAAGUACAUUCUGAUGUAUCAAGUGAUUCACGGAGGCAACUUGGAUAUUGAUGUGAAAAUUACUGACCCGACAGAGCGUGUUAUCUAUGAGGUCACACGUGGAACGCAUGAAGACAUUAAAUUAAGUUCCACUGUCAACGGAACGCACAAAUUCUGUUUCGGCAAUCAGUUUUCCUCAUUCUCGGAAAAAUUGGUCUUUUUCGAGUUACGAACGGAUCCGUAUGAAUCACUAUCUGAAGAGGCUGGUGAGAAGUCUCAUGCCACUGUUCUCAAUUUGGUCCAAUCCACUUUGGAGGCGGCACACUUGUUCCUGUCCCACGCGGAAAGUACUCAGAUCGAAUUGCGCAAUCGGGAACUUGGUGAUCGUCUAGUUGCAGAGGAUCUGAAUAAAGCCGUGUUGUAUUGGAGUUUAGCCGUCACUGUGGUUAUAUUUGUGACCACAGUCGGCCAGGUGACGGUACUGAAAAACUUUUUCGCGGACAAAAAGGUUUCUUAUUCAAAUCGUCCCGGUCGGUUGUAA